AUGUCUGAUAAACGCGAUAUGGCUGUGAUGGAGGAAUUCAAGUUGAAACUGAAGAAGACAGAAACGCAAAAGAAAAAUCCACUGCCUUCCCAAGAAACAAUUGAACAGAAGAAGCAAGCAGGCGUAAGGAGGCCAGCACCGCUAGUAUGCACUGUACAUUCUACAAAUAGUGUCUUCUUAUUUUACUUCUUUUAGCUAUUUAGCUUUGUAAACUGCAAAGAGGUUGGAUCAAUUUAAAUGAUUGUGCUGCCCCUUUUCACAUCAGAACUACUGACAAUGAAGGUCGCACCUGCCUCUCCCAUCUGCCUCUCUGUCUGGCAGGGAAGAAAAAGAACUUGCAUGUUGGUGAAGGAAGAAGCUGGGUGGGACAACAGUGAAAUCUAGAGUAAAAA